AUGGCACCAGACCUUCCCAUUCCCGAUACGCGCGUCCUUGCCGUCGCUAGUCAUGUCGUAUCUGGAAACGUGGGAAACAAGAUCGCUGUCUUCACGCUGCAGUCGUUAGGUUGCGACGUCGCGGCCCUCAACACUGUCCAGUUCAGUCUGUUCACCCCCUUUCUCCAACUUGCCUGUGUCUCGGCGAAGGAGAUCCGCGACCUGUUCGAGGGCCUGAAGCAGUCAUACCUGGAUGACUUUGACAUGAUGCUCUCGGGUUACAUCCCCGGCGCGGAGGCGGUCAUGGCCGUCGGCGACAUCGCCAAGGAGCUCAAGGCGAAAUCCAGCGACGGCAGCUUCUUCUGGGUUCUGGACCCCGUGAUGGGCGACAACGGCAAACUCUACGUCGCCGAGGAGGUGGUGCCCGCAUACCAGAGUCUCGUGGAGCACGCGGACCUGAUCCUGCCGAACCAGUUUGAGGCCGAGCUGCUCUCCGGCGUCAAAAUCACAGACAUGAACUCCCUCCAGUCCGCCAUCCACGCGCUGCACAGCAAAUUCCGCAUCCCGCACGUCGUCAUCACUUCGGUCAGCCUCGCCGCGCCAGACCACCCGCCCUCGCACCUGUCCGUCGUGGGCUCCAGCAUGGACCCGUCGACGGGCGCGCCCCGCCUCUUCAAGAUCGUUUUCCCGGCCAUCGACGCCUACUUCUCGGGCACGGGCGACAUGUUCGCGGCGCUGAUGACGGUGCGCAUGCGCGAGGCCGUGAUCGCCGCUGGCAGCCAGCUGCAGAAGACCAGGUCGUGGCUGAGCGGGCCCGAGGUCGACGCGCUGGACCUGCCGCUGGCGAGGGCGGCGGAGAUGGUGCUUGCGAGCAUGCAUGAGGUGCUCACGCAGACGGCGCGGGGCAUGCAGGAGGCUGUGGGGGCCGCGGCGGCGGAGGUCUCGACGGAGGAGGAGAAGAAGAAGCUGCAUCUGCUCAAGAGCAAGAGCGCGGAGCUGAAGCUGGUGAGGAACUUGGCGUGCUUGAGGGACCCGGUCGUGAGUUUCCGGGCGAAGAAGUUGUAG